AUCAUUAUAUGGAACUGUCAAGGGGCGGCAUCUAAAGAGUUUGCUAGAGCUGCCAAUUGGUUGAUCAAAUAUCAUAAGCCCCACAUGUUGUGUCUGCUUGAGACAAAAAUGGCAGGCGAGAAUGCUGACACUGUUUGUAAAAAGCUGGGGUUCGACAACUGGGCGAGAAUAGAAGCAGUUGGGUUUAGUGGAGGCAUAUGGUCCCUAUGGAACGAUCCCCUAAAAGUUACUAUUAUUUCUACCAAUCCCCAGUACAUGCUGUUAGAGGUGAUGAAUACAAGCCAUGACAAGUGGACCUUUGCAGUUGUAUAUGCGAGUCCCACUCCUCACCUUCGCCAGAAGCUCUGGAACACCCUCAAGAGGGAUAAUCUUAAUAUCACCACACCUUGGAUUGCUGCAGGCGAUUUCAACUCGGUCACUAAGAAAGAGGAAGUUAGUAACCCUGACCACUUUGAGGCACACAGGUGUUCUAGAUUCAAUGAAUGGAUCUUUGAUGAAGCUAUGAUUGACCUCGGGUUCAUUGGCCAAUGUUUCACCUGGAAAAGAGGUACUGAUAACGUAAACUUUAAAGGAGCCCGAUUAGAUAGAGUUCUAUGUUCGAUUUGAUCUGGCUUGACAGGAACACAAAAACAGAAGUUCGCCAUCUUGCUUCGAGCAAAUCUGAUCACUGUCCGAUCUUGAUUUCUCUAGGGGAUCAAAGUGGCACUAGAAAAAGUGGGUUUAAAUAUCAAGGGGCGUGGGCCACACAUCCCAACUUCCUCGACAUGAUUCGAAGAACAUGGAAAAAAGAGGAAAAUGUUUGGGAAAACUCUAAGAAUAUGGCUACUGCUUUUGCUGAAUGGAACCGUGCAACCUUUGGGAAUAUCCACCAAAGAAAGAAGAAUUUGAACAAGAGAUUGGAAGGGGUGCAACGAGCUUUGGACAACAAGCACCAUCCGGGUCUUAUCAAACUUGAGAAGAAGCUUCGAAGGGACCUCGAUAAUACACUUCAUCAAGAGGAAAUUUUCUGGUAUCAACAGUCUAGGGAGGAGUGGAUCACCUCAGAAGAUCUGAAUACAAAGUAUUACCACACUAUUGUCAAUAUAAAAAAGGCCCGAAG